AAAAUGAAUUCCACGGUGUCGUCAGUUCCGUAAAGCUUUUCCUCCUGGCUUCAUUAAAAAAAAAAAAAAAAGAUAGAGGAUUAUCUACGAGGAGUCAGAGGACAAACGCAGGUAGAACAAGGCUUUACCUUAUUUAAAAAUACUCUCAAACAAGAGCCCUGCGUUGUUUCCCGCGGGCAGUUUCCCCCCUCGGACUGACAAAGACACACCAGUCUCCUCUAAGAGCGCAGGAACUGGGAUGCACCGCCGUUAGCCUGUUUAUUAGCUCGCUAGCUUCCCGAUCAGCUCUGGGUUUCUGUGUUUUUACGACGGGACCAAGCACACCACACAGUGCAUUAUGACAGACAGCAUUAUGAGUAAAGCUGCCACAAUGGAGAUUCCUAUCAACAGUAAUGGUGACACAGGGACACUACCGGAGGACGACAGCCUCGAACAGGCUGCAAAACUGCACUGGAGCUUAGAUGAGAAGGUAGGGAGCUCCAGAGACACCAGGGACCUCCAGCAGGUGAUGGUAUCAGGUCCUAAUCUCAACGAGACUAGCAUCGUCUCCGGGGGUUAUGGAGGAACAGCAGAGGGUAUCAUCCCCACCAGCUCAAUCAAAGGCCCUGCUGUGCGCUACAAUGCAGAGUUUAACAAAAGGAUCCCAGUUACAGGAAUAGACCUGCGUAUGAAGGCCAGGCGAAGUAGCGUUCCCUCAAGCAGUUCUUUCUUCUGCCCCCUAGCAAGCCAAUCAAAUGAAUACAAAGGUUCCAACAUGCACCACAGCAGCAGCAACUCCAGCAUGAUGGCAGAGGAAGCAACCCGCGGUGUGGCUGUGGAAAAACUAGAAACAGUGAAGAAGUGGGGUCUCAACACUUACAAGUGUACAAAGCAAAUGAUCUCUGAGCGUUUUGGUCGGGGUUCCCGGACUGUGGACCUGGAGCUGGAGGCCCAGAUUGAGGUGCUGAGAGACACUAAAAGGAAAUAUGAGAACGUGCUGCGAUUGGCCAGAGCGCUGACCAACCACUUCUACAACAUGGUGCAGACGCAGCAUGCGCUGGGUGACACCUUUGCUGACCUCAGUCAGAAAUCUCCAGAGCUACGGGAUGAAUUUGGCUACAAUGCAGAGACUCAGAAGUUGCUGUGUAAGAACGGGGAGACUCUACUUGGUGCCGUUAACUUCUUUGUGUCCAGCAUCAACACACUGGUCAACAAGACCAUGGAGGACACCCUGAUGACGAUCAAGAUGUAUGAAAAUGCCAGACUGGAGUUUGAUGCCUACCGAUCAGACCUGGAGGAACUGAGCAUGGGUCCGAGAGACGCUGCAGCCAUGGCCCGCAUAGAUGCUGCUCAGCAACAGUACCAAGUCCAGAAGGACAAGUAUGAACGCCUCCGCUCAGACGUCAUCAUUAAACUCAAGUUCCUGGAGGAGAAUAAGGUGAAGGUAAUGCAUAAACAGCUCCUCCUCUUCCACAACGCCAUCUCGGCAUACUUUGCUGGCAACCAGCAGCAGCUGGAGCAGACGCUGAAGCAGUUCAACAUAAAGUUGAGGCCUCCAGGGGCUGACAAGCCUUCCUGGUUAGAGGAGCAGUGAGAGGGUCUGCUGGACCUCCUGCAGCCUACUUCUCAACCACCUCCACCUGUUACCUGUUGAAACCCCCUACUUACAGAGGACCACUACAGAGGGAAACACAUGCAGAUAAUUGGGUGGAUGACGAUAUGAGAUGAGCGUGUGGCUGGAUGAUUGGACAGAUGAAUUGCAGGGUAUUGUUGAUGAAUGGGCUAAAUGCAGCAAGAAACCAAGUGGUCAGUUCAAUGAACAGUCUGGGGGCUUUUAGUGCCUCUUCCCAACUUCCUUUUUUUCACUCUAACCUUCUCUUUGUGCUUUGUUCCCAGAGAAACUGUUCAUCUCUCCCUUCCCUCUCUCCUAUUUGACUUAACCCCCUUCUACCUGAACACCAUUUUGCUGUGUGAGCUUGUGUUAGUCAUGUUCUUGGCCAUUAUUGUACUCCUUAAGUGCUCCCAGUGCUCUGAGUUAAACCCCACUACAUCUUAUUAACACAGACAAAUGAGAAAAUGAAAAAUGGUAAAAAACCAUUCGAACACGAUCAGAUCAGAUGUGGCCAAACAUUACAUCAAAACUCUUCCAGACCUUAUCGCUCUCCUUGUGUGCCUCCUUACAUAUGAGCUAAUGUACUAAAUGAAUAUGUGGCCUCAAGGGAAGAAAGAUAAGUUCAGAAAAAGAUUUCAAACCACAAAUGAAGGGGACUGAAUGGUACACUGGAAAGGAAUGUGACAUUUCAAAUCAAUGUACAUUUCAAAUUAUGUACUGUUUCACUUUUGAAAGAGAUGUUUAAUGAUUGUUUGUAGCUUUUAAAAAAAAAAAAACACAAUGUCGUGUUUAGUUUAGUUUCUCCUUAAUUUGACUGUCAACUCUUUUAUUUUGUAAUUAUAUCAGUCUGAGUCAGCUGUAUGUCCUGUGCUUCAGGGUGAAGGACGGUAUACUGUUUGGGAAAUGUGUGCUGGUGUUUUAAAAUGCAAGCACCACCGUGCUUAGUCGAAUUAUCAGAAACACUACAGAUUUCGGUUGAAACGUGAAAAUUCCAAGUUCAACUUGUAUAUGCAACGACUGUUUUAAGGAAAACUAACACAGCUUCCCAAAGCUAUACUGGUUCCAUACUCUACUAAUUUUAUUUUAUUUUUUCCCAAAGAGAAGAGAAGAGAGAGCUGUUUAUUGGAGGAGGAUGAUGAUGAUGAUGAUGAUGAUGACUCUUGCUAUGUUUUAGAGCAACAUUGAUUGAUUGGUUCGGUCUCACUGUGGACCGAGGAGGCUUCGAGGGACAGUUGCGACAGUCAGUUAAGAUCCAACAAACUUGAAUGGAAUCACUUAGUUGUUUAAGAGACUGUAUUUGAAAGGAAUUCAUUACAUUUUGUUUCUUUUCCUAUGUAUACAUUUAAAUGUAUUUUUGUCAUUAAGUUUGUUUUUUUCUUUUUUAAUUUAACAAGGACGUGUCAUUGACAUCUAGGGUUAUAUCUUUCAGCCCUUCCUAAAACAGAAUAUAUUUGUCUAUGGUUACCUUUCUUCACACUGAAGAUUACUGUAACUGUCUAAUAUUACUAAUCCUAAUAUAUUGACAUAAAAUUGUGUAAAUUAGUGGUUGGGGAACACUAAUGAUUCAGCAUUUGUUUUAUCUCUUUUAACUGCAAUGUUGUCUUAGUAUAAUCGUAAUAAGCAAUCAUCCAUUGUUGACAAUUAAGAAAAGUUGUUAGCACAAAAUAUCGGCAUGGUACUACAUAUGUAAUGUUAAAUUGUUAUUCAUUGCUGUAUUUAUUAUGUUCUUUGUGUGUGUUAAUCUGUUGGAAUCAACAUAUUGUACACAGAAACUUCUGGUUUGCGCACAUUACUCUGUUCAUGAGUAUGACAUUCACAGCGUUUUGCAGAUGACACACUAACAUAAAAACAUGCCUCAGGAUAACCAAAUCUGUAAUUGAUCUACUCCAAAAAAAAUGUUUCUCAACUAACUGAUAGAAAAUGUUCAGUUUCACAGUGUCAAUCCCUCUGUGAAGUCAAAUGAAGAUAAUCCAGCAGAAUGAAUGUUUUACAAUGCUGAAUUUAACUCUAGUAACAGAAGGGAGAGCUCGAUCAGUUUAGUCCUCCAGCUUCUUGUCUCCUCUGUAUUUGCAUGGCAGGCAGCGAUCCAAAGUACACGUGCAGAUAUGUGUGGAUGCACUGAUGCUCUAACUCUUGGCCUUCUGCGUGCCAGCUCGCAUGGACUGGCUUUAACGCCAUGCUUAUGAUUUCAAUUUUAAAACUUGCUGAAGCAGAAUUUAAAAGUUGGGUCUACUUUUAAUGCUGCACACUCAAUGACAGUUCUGAAAAGGAAGUGGAUUUGAUGAAAGAAAAUAUCAAAAAUGGAUUCUGUGAUUUGUUUGGAUGGUGUUUUUUUCUGAAUUCUAAGCGUCAGUGUGUCAACUGGGUGUAUUUUAUUCUGGCUGAAAAAGUAUGACCUUGGCCUCACUUAUGGCUUUUCACUGGUCAGCUCCUGGUCUGUUUGACCACCACACAGCAAUAUUAACUAAAUGUGACUCCUCUUUUCCUAACCUGCCCCUUUAAAUUCCUAACCCAAACACUAAAAUGAAUGGCAAUAGAUUUUUUUUUUUUUUGUUCAGUAGUUGUGAAACCUCCAGUAAAUUGGAAAAAAAAAAAAAAAGUGUGACAAACAUUCAAACUUGCUCUUACUAGCGGUCUUUACAUUGUUGCCGAGAGAGAACCAAGAUUUAUAAAAAUGAGAUAUUUUAUUUGUGUACAAUCAAUGUUUUCUAGGCUGAGCUGGCGUGUUGUACUGUAUGAAUGAUUGCACAUAAUGGUAUUUAAAGAUGAUAAAAUGAAGUUGUGUCAUGGAUUGAUGUGAUACUCUGCCUUCAUUCCUCACUCAGACCUGAAAAGUCCCACCCCCACCCCAAGGGAACAAAAUUAAAAGUACACAUUUUCAAAUGCUC